AUGGCUGGGGUGGUCGGCCUUAUUCGACGAGGGAGGUCGUCUAUCCGGGGACGGACCGGUCUUCGAAGGCGUCCUGGGCUGGUGAACGCGACUCUGAGGGUCUGCCGUGAACCCCUGUUCGCCAUCUCGACUUCCGGUCCUUUUGAGGACAUUCCCUCUGUCACAAGAGGUUUCGUGACCCAGCAAGUCUCGUUCGAGGAUCAUCCUUCCGCUGAACCGGAUUACGGGCUUCGCAUCGCUUCUCGAAUGGUGAACGCCCAUCCCUUUCGAUCCCGACACGAGUGUCUUCGGCCGACAUCGCUCGUCCGGCGCCCAUCACCGCUUGGUUCUGGACAUCCGAUCAUCCACCUCAGUUCCGGACGAAAGAGUACUUCCGGCGACAUGCCAUGCCUCUCGCCCGGUUUGACCGCGCUCGAUUCCAGACAUUAUCAAUGGUUCGUCCUUGCCUCGAGACUCUUCAACUCCGCUGCCACGUGCUGGGAUAGCCAUUCCGAUCACCAACCCCUAUCGACGAUCGCUUCAUACGGUUCCGAAGUUGACGAAUGUUGUCGUUUCUUGAUUGCAGGCCUGUGCAUCUCGCCUUCACAUCAUUUCCAACGACGACUACCUUCAUCACCACCAUCAACCAUCAUCGUCGUUGCAAAGCGGUGUGCGAUAUAUACCUUUUCUGCUCAUGCCGUUCACCUGGAAGCCACAAAAACGGCCGGUGCGGAGACGGGCGCGCUCGCCUCACUUGGGCGCGUACCUACGUGUCUUGUCGUAUGCAAGGUAUAUCGUCCAAUUCGGGCCCUCGACAUCGUCAUCCUGGCUCCCAGUGGAUCAUCAAAGCUGGCGAUGUGUCUUUGUGGCAGCGGUAUUUCGUGCUUCCCAGCCCCCCUCUUGAGAAACGGAUUCGUCCACCCAGGACAUCACGAUGUCCCGACCGGCAAGCGAUAUUCCCCUAUCGCGUUUAUGCGUCUCGGCUAG